AUUUGCUCUCAAAGAUAUCUGCUAUAACUUGAUUUUACUCUGGACAUUACAUCUCUUGGGAUAGGGCUGAGACUUGCCACAAAACGAUCAAGAAACUAUUGGUGUUUUAAAGCCAGGUGCUCCAUCUGCUACAAGUGACAAAAUUAUUUCAAGCGCUGUACCAUGUCAGAGAGAAAAUCGUUCAAAACUCUACAUUUGAAUAAUUUGAUGUGGUCUUGAGCAGGUAGAAACGUCAUCCAUGGUCAACAUCUUUCAUUGCCUCGGAACGUUUUUGCAUCGCCUACAGGCUUUGAGUGACAAAGAUCUAGGACGUCUCUACGAAGCAAGGUGAAGAAUAGCCAAACUGGUGAAAUUAAGUUAGAAAGGAAGGUUCUACGGGAAUUCAACGGUUUCUGAUUGACAAACAUUGCACAUUUACUUUUUAGCAAUGUCCAAAACUGUACGAUUUGCGGGAGUUACUAGCAGGGAAUAUGCAGAGUCUGUGGCCACUGACGUCCUCCAGAAGCGACAGGAAAGAAAACUAAAAAAAGAUAAAUCCAGUAAAGGAAAGAAGAAGCCGAGAAGCAGAAGAUCAAACCCUGCUCAAGGAAUAUCCGCAAAGGGAUUGAGAGUUGCAGGAGUUAACCGAGGAUUACUUUCAGAAUUCAUAAUUUUUAUGCUCCUACAAGGAUUCAACUUAUUCAGUAAUUCGUGGGUUUUAAAUGAAUCUCUUAGCGUUCUUAACAAGGUUGAAAAAUACGAAAAAUAUCCCAACGUUUCCACGAUAAACAACACAGUUCCAGACCUCUGUGCUAACGUGCAGUGGGCUAGAGAGAAGAUCAGUAACGAGAUAAAUCAUUUCUCGUCCGUUAUAUACGUCUAUUGUUUCUUCCUUGCCGUGUCUGCUUGUAUCUUCACCUUGCAUUUGCUAGCUUGGUUGUACACGCUUCAACUAUCUUUCAGAAGUCGACGAUUUAACGCUAACACCCAAGAGACUUUAGUAAAGAUGAAGGUGUACUUUCUCAUUGCUGCCAGCCUGCUGCAAGAUAUCCCAAUGUCUACAAUCUCGGCAGAGCUUUAUUCUCUGCAACAAGGCCAGCAAGGUUUGGUUUGCUGGUUCUGCAAGGUCUCAGGCCUUUGUCCUGAGUUGAAGCAGCUUGAAAGCAGGUUGAGUCGGGGCACAACGGCACUCUGGUUAAAUUUCACCGCAAUUGCGCUCACUUCUCUUUGGAAGGGCAUCUCAAGCUUUUACAGGUGGAGCCGAAUCGACACAUGCGAAGCAUUCUAUUUGCGAGCAUGCACGGCUGUAUUUGCGGGAUUUCUGUACUGCGUCGUUAUACUCACGCCAGCCAUGACAGUUCUCAGGUAUCGCUACUUUAUCGGAAUAGACGGUGGAUUGCUCGAGGACGUUAUAGAUAGAGUCUACAUAAUCGGUGCCAUAUUUUGGGUUUUGGUUGUUGCUGUUAUUGUCUGUUGUCCUUUGUUGAAUCUUAUCAGAGUAACGCAAUGACCAUUCUAUUCAAACCAAGAUUCUGAGAGAAGAAACGUUAGCAUUUAGUAUUCUUCGGUAAGGUCUUGCAAAUUUACGCAACGCAACGCGCCUUUCUAUUAAUUUCUGAGACCAAAAACCUGUAAAA